AUGGUCCUAAGGAUCUGUUCAGCGUAUCGUACGAGAUCAACAGAUACCGUGUUGGUUAUAGCUAGGCUGAUCCCGCUGCAUUUAGCAGCUGAGGAAAAGCGAGAGUUAUAUGUCAAAGCAGAGAUUAACGAUGAUGUGAAAAACCAUCAACGACGAGGUACCUAUCAAAAAUGGCAAGAGGAGUGGGAUACAUCCGACAAGGAAAGGUGGACUAGAAAGUUAAUACACAAUGUGGAGGACUGGACAAGUAGGAAACACGGAGACGUGGACUAUUACAUUACGCAGUUUCUCUCCGGGCAUGGAGUCUUCAUGGACUUCUUGCACAGAAUAAAGAAAAUACCAAAUGGCAACUGCAUGUACUGCGACGAAAUCGACGAUGCCGAGCACACGUUGUUCUGCUGUCCAAGAUGGGAAAACGGAAAAUCUGCCUGCAACUUCGGACACCUUGAUUAUGAAAAUGACCAAAACUAG